CCCGUCUCUCUCUCGCCCCCUUCCUUCUCAUGACCCUCUUAAUUAUAUUCUCGUUUAUCACACCACACUGAACGCGCCCUUCUUGCCUUUCUUUCCUCCCCACGCCACUAUAUUAUGUUUUCUCCAUUCUCCUUCCCUUUUCCAUCUCUUCUCACCCUCUCUAAGUCCCAACCUGUCUCUAUAGUCUCAAGAUGGACAUGUUUCCCUUUUUUUGUGUAGAGAGAGGAGGAUUAGAGAUGGCAGGCUGCAAUGGAGAGGACAUGGCAUCCCAAGGGGAAGAGGUAUCACUGGAGAAAAAGUAUGGAGGAAUUGCGCCUAAAAAGAAACCCUUGAUAGCAAAGGACCAUGAGAGAGCCUACUUUGAUUCUGCUGACUGGGCCCUUGGCAAGCAAGGAGCAAAUCUGAAAACAGGAACUGCCAUUGAAUCACUGAAGCCCAAGUUGAAGCGAACACCUCAUCAUCAACUCCCCCCUCGAAAGCCUAUGUGCACCUUUGAUGGGGAGAACAGGGCAUAGAAGGUCGAUUUAAGAUUUAAGAGAAUGCUGUGUGUAAGACUUUUCUGAAAUCUAUCUGAAAUGAGAAGGCAUGGACUUGGUGCAAAGUGUGAUGUAUAUAUGUAGUCAUUUGAGUCAUGGAUUUCUCCAUUGCUGCAGUCCUUGGACUGAUUCUAAACAGCUGUCCCUUCUUCAAAGAAACCUGCACCUUAGUAAAGGAAGUUUCUUGGAUCAGCAGAAUGGCUACUUUUCUAAUGGUAAGCAAUAUUUGAAUUGUAUGCAGCUAGCUGAUUUCACUGGACCUCUCAUUAUUUGACAUUUUUAUGAGAGGAAAAUGAGCUUAGUAGGACUAAUAUGAUUAUAACAAUCCCAUUGUAGUAUUAUCUUUUGACAGCUAGCAUAUAUCACAGUUGGAGGCUCAUCAGGAUUUUAUUUCCAGCCUGCAAGAACUCUUCAUAUAGAAGGAUUCCGGGAACUUUCAUUAA